AUGGCAAUUAAUGGUACGGCUUCAUAUCUGUUUAGAAGUACAAAAGGAGUGAAACAAGGAGAUCAUAUGUCUCUUUUCCUCUUUAUUCUGGUGGUGGAAGUGUUAUCUUUAAUGAUAAAAAGAGUUGCUUCUAUGAAUUUACUUGCUGGAUUCAAACCAUCAUCUGAAGCUUUUGAGAUCAAUCAUUUGCAGUUUGCAGAUGACUUAAUAAUGUUCUUAGAUGAUGAUUGUGAGCAAGUGCAUAAUCUGAAGAAUGUGUUAUUGGGCCUUGAAUUAGUUUCUGGUUUGAAGUUUAAUUUUCAAAAAAGUGCUCUUGUGCCAGUAGGUGAAGCUGUAAAUGCAGUAGAUGGGGCUACUAUUUUUGGAUGUCCAAUUACUUCUUUUCCUAUGAAAUAUUUGGGAAUACCUUUAGGGAGUAAGUCUAAGGCAGUGGGAGUGUGGGAUGUUAUUCUUCAAAAUUUUGAGAAAAAGCUAAGUAUGUAG